GCAGACGCCGAAUUGCAAAGUUAUCAUCCACGGGCAAUUCCUUCUGGUCCUCGCCAUCAUGGGGAAGAUAUGCGACGAGGAGGGUUGGGGUAACGUUCAUUACAAUGGCCAGCUCGGCCCGAAAAUGGGGGAGAAUGAUCUCAGAGGCUUUGCAGAAGAUCCGGACCUGCGAAUUCUUUUCUGCACCCUCCAGAGCGGCGGGGUUGGCCUGAACUUGACCAUGGCAACCCGCGUCAUCAUCUGUGAUCCAUGGUGGAAUUGGUCGAUGGACUUCCAAAGGUUCUGCCGUGUGUUCGCAUCGGGCAGACCGAACGCACCUAUAUGACGCGCUUCACUGUGGAGGGAACCAUCAACGAACGAAUUCUGGCGAUGCAGGAGCGAAAGGAGAAAGUGAUCGUUGGCGUGAUGGGCGACGUCCCGGAUUGUGAUCCGAGGAAUAUGGAUCCAGAGAGGUUUACGGCGCCUUUUGCCGGCAAGGAUAGGAAUCCAGAGACGGAUGAACGCAUCCAAAUGACAGACCUAGAGAGUGAUGGGGAGGGGGCUAGUGAUGAGCCCUGAGUUGUUCGAACGCACACCCAGCACCGCCCGACGGCCCCAGAACAGGUCGGUCAGACGUCGAAAUGCCCGCUUUAACACCCCCACGAGGCCUGUCGAACACGAUCACUAGGGGAUUCAUCUAUUUGGGGAAAGGGCGCGGGAUGGGGGCGUUGGGGUCAGUAGUGGAUUUAAUGGGAUAUCAGGGAACACGGUUCACGGUUCAAUCAUUUAGCAUUCUUAAGGUACACUAACUUAAGUAGACAAAUGUCUGCACACACCCCCGAAAAUCACCAAAUCUAAUCGCUAUACACCGUAUCUUGAGAUACGCUGCAAAACACAUACAAAUGCAAAUUCA